AUGCAGGUCAAUGUCACCAUUACUAUCCCAGCCCUCCUGCCUGGUCAGAGCAGUGACCAAAUGGAGCUGGUGGUGACAGGAGUCUACAGCAAACCCAGCCUCUCAGCCCUGCUCAGCCCUGUGGUGGCCUCAGGAGAGAAGGGCACCCUCCAGUUGGGUCCCGUGAUUCCCAACGACGACUGGAUGUUCAGAUGCUACGGCUAUGACAGGAGUGAAGCCCAGGUGAGCUCAGAGCCCACCUACGCGCUGAGGCUCCUAAUCUCAGAACCAGGCCGUGUGACACGCAGAGGGAGCACUGUGACCAUCGUCUGCCGAGCCCAGUGGGGCUUUGAGAGCUUCCUCCUGGAGAAGUGUUCUGCGGGGAGUUAUACCUUAGUUCAGGAAGUGGGAAACACUGCAACUUCCAACAAUGUGGCCAGGUUCUACCUCACCUUGAUGAAUACUGGGCGUUAUGCCUGCAUCUAUCAGAAGUGGUCCACUUGGUCUUCACGCAGUGAGAUCUUGGAGCUGGAAGUGACCAGUACAGAUGUCACCCAGACCUCCAUGCUUCCAGCCUCAACUACACCAGUGGAUGACAGUCACCUUGCCACCCCUGGGCUGAAAGCGGAGCACCUUUACCUCCUCAUCGGUGCCUCCGUGGGUAUCCUGCUCCUGCUCCUCCUACUCCUCCUCUUCUGCCUGCGUCGCCGGCGUCAGAAUAAACAGGGGCCACCCAGACAACAGGACCAGAGGCAGAGGUCUCAGGAGAGGUGUAGCCUGGCUGGGGUCAGCCUCGGGAGGACAGCAGACCAGGCCGCAGCUGACCGACCUCUUCCGCGGGGCAGACAGCAGGGCCCCUCCACCCCGCUACAGGGCCCCCAAGAGGUGACCUAUGCUCAGCUGGACCACCGAGCCCUCACAUUGAGGGGGGCUCCAGAGGUGUCCCCACAGUCCACGGUGGAGUCCAGCACCUACGCUGUCCUUGCCCACCAAAGACCUAGCCCACGUGGCCCCUGCACCUGAGGCCUCAGGAAGUCACUCUGGACAGCCUGCAGCACCAGGAGGGCUUCCCUUGGGAGCACCCGGGUCUCGGGGGCAGGAGGGCCGCUCCCCUGGAGUGGGAGCUGUAGCUGGACGGCCCUACCAGUGGCCAGGAGACUGGAUCCCCGGGGUCCCUGCCACAGAGACAGUCCUAAGAGAAAGGGUGCUGCAGCUGCCUCCAGGGAUUCCUGGCUGUUUCUAGAGACCCAGCUAAGACCCCAGCUGUCUCCUGGGACCUGCACUUCACAAAGACGCCCCGCUGGAGAUCUGCGCAGCUGACCCUGAUUCUCCCAAGUGCCCUGCUGACCCCAAGGCGGCACUGUGCUGGCGCAGCUGAGCUGGGCCCGUCCUCCAGCUCAGGCCCCACCUGGGCUCUGGAGUCACCGAGAGGACUCAAUGAACGUGCGGCACAGAGACUGUACAACCAGGCCCAGGGAUCCGCACCCCUGCUCCUCGCAGCGCCAACUCCUGUCUGUGACCCUGGGGUCCCUGUGACCGUGGCCGCUGGUCGGGUGAAGGAGGCGGCGUCGGAGGACAGGGGCUGGGUGCAGGCCGAGUUGCCCCUUCACACUCCU